AUGGCUGAUGACGAAGUUCUAAUGGAAGUGAUUGUUAAUGACUGCGAUGAAGUACAGUUUUAUUCUCCAGCAGAUCAAUGCAGGACUCUAUAUGAAGAUAAAGAUGCUAUGCUUAGAACUAUUAAGGAAGCUGUAAAAGAAGGCGUGUUAGUGUUACCUACUGUCAAAUGGGAUGAAAUAAACUCUGUAAGAUUUAUUUCAAAUGUUGAAAGAUCAGUUGAAAUCACCUCUCAGGAGGUUCUUCCAGAAACUGAAUAUCAAACAUAUGAAAUAGUUGAAGAAGCACCUGUAGAUGAAACUGUAACGAGUUCAGUGGUACCAGAAGAAAUUAUCAUUGAUGUGGGUUUAAGUUCUGGAAAAGAGUUGAACUGUCACACAGAACAUGAAAUGUUGGAAAGCGUCAACUUCAUAGAUGAAAGACUCAAUCUCUGUCCAUAUUGUGAUUACCGUACAUACAAUGUGGGGCAUUUCAAAGUUCACAUGAGACAGCACACUGGGGAAGCACCGUUUGCAUGUGAAUAUUGCCCAUAUCGCUCUAAACAGAAGUCAAAUUUAAAGAGGCACUUGAGGCAGCAUCUUGAAGGGAAAGAUAAUUUUGAGUGUGAAAUGUGUUCAUUCACUUGUACCAAAGAAAAAGUCUACAAACGGCAUCUGAAAUUGCACCAGCGUUCACGACCAUUGAGGCCUUGUCCAUUCUGUGAUUAUUUCUCUUCAAGUCUUGCUCAUCUUACUGUGCAUAUAAGACAGCACACUGGAGAAACUCCUUAUCACUGUGGUGUAUGUCAGUACAAAACAGUCCAAAAAUCAAAUCUUACUCGCCACUUGAAAAAACAUCGCCAUCAUCGGGUAAGCAAAGCAGAUAAACUGCGUGUUUGUGCACAUUGUAAUUACCGAACUCCUAACUCUGCACACUUAUUGGCCCAUAUUAGAGCUGCGCAUACCGGUGAAGCUCCAUAUAGUUGUAAACAUUGCGAUUAUAAGUCAGCCCAAAGGUCAAAUUUAAAGAGACACAUGAGAAAACAUACAGGAGAACGCCCUUUUUCAUGCCAUCUUUGCAGUUAUUCCACUGCAUAUGCUUACGUAUUGAAAAAACAUAUAGAAAAUCAUCCGGAACAGGAUGAGAAGUUUAAUUGUGAUUCUUGUGAUUAUUUUACUAACUCAUCUCUCGAAUUUAAAAGACAUGUAAAAACGCAUAGUGGAAGAUCUAUGUUUUGUUGUCACUUUUGUGGCUAUAUUUCUCUCAAUGCAGAUCACUUUAAGGUCCACUUACGAAGGCAUACCCAAGAAGCUCCUUAUCAAUGUCAUCAUUGCGAUUAUAGAUCGGCUCAGAGAUCUAACCUCAAGAGACAUAUUCAGACGCACACUGAAGAAAACAAAUGGGGUAAAGAUGUUGAAAAUAGUAAUGGAACACAACAUGCUAUGCAAUCUGAUAUUUCUGUAAUGGACGUGGAAUCAAAUGAAGUUGUUGACAACUCGCAGACCCUGAGAGAAAAUGAUAUCCCUGAGAAUGUUCAAAUAAUUGAUACUACUAAUGUUGAAAAUGAAGAUGUGGAAAUUUAUGAAUCAGAGGAGGGCUAUGUAGAGGCAGAAUAUAGUCCAGAUAGAGAUAUAGAAGAGGCUGCUAAUGUUCUCCCUGAAUCAAAUAUGGAAGUAGUUGGAGAAGAACAUGUUAUUACUACUCCAACAGAAGGAGAUUAUGAAGUUUAUAAAGAUUGUGGAAAAAUUUACCUCUGUUCUUACUGCUCUUACCAAUCUUCCAGUGCUGAGGAUAUUGAAGCUCACAUACAAGAACAUGAUGUAGGCUCUCUAGUCAAUGGUGUUGAAGCUUCAGAAAAUGAAACCUCUGAAUCAGACUGUGUUAAGACAAAUAAUAUUAGUUUUCUUAAUAAAUCACAAACUGAAAAACUGAAAGAGUUCAAACGUCUUUUGCAGGAAGGUACAGGUGGCAGUGUUCAAAAUGUGGUCCAUGUUACAAAGUUACCUCAACAACAAGUUGAAAUUGGAAGAGAUGAAUAUUAUCAGCAACCUGUUGAAUCUGUUGAAUUCAGAAAUCAACCUUCUCCAGAAGAAGUAACCUUAUAUGGGGAAGUAGAAGAGAGCAACGAACAUGAUGGAACAAUAGAUACCGAAUUAAAAGAUUCAUCAGUUAUAAUAGUUGGUACUCCUGAAGAACUGAAACAAACAACAAAUGAAUGCGAACUAUGUGGUUUUCAUGCAAGAACUAUUUGGGAACUUAAAUCUCAUAUAAGAGUUCAUACUGGUGAAAUGUCAUUUGUUUGUCCUCAAUGUCCCUUUAAAACGAAUCAGAAAUAUAGUUUCCAAAGGCAUGUUAGACACCUGCAUGGUUGGAGAGGAAAUAGACUUCCUUAUCAAUGCAAAUUAUGUGAUUUUAGGACAAAAAAUAGAGAAAAUCUUGUAAAACAUACUCAAAAUCAUUCCAAGAAGACACCAUCUAUUGACUGUAAUAUAUGCGAGCAAACAUUGGGAUCUAUUGCAGAAUUGAAAAGCCAUAUGAAAAUACAUGUCGGUGAAGCACCUUAUGAAUGUUUCUAUUGUGGAAAGCUGACGGCUCGUAAACUUCAUAUGAGAAGACAUAUGAAAAAGCAUAUCUGUACAAUGGAAGGAAAAGGACCACCUUACGAUUGUGAUUCAUGUGGUUACCAAACGGUUUUUGAAGCAAAUUACUUAAGACAUUUAGAAACACACGAAUUGGAUCCUUCUCGAGCUUUCAUAUGCCAUUAUUGCCGAUUUGUCACAUUAGAUAAUAAAGUGUUUAAGAAGCAUCUUACAGAUCAUAAAAAUCCAGGUUCUGGAGAAUUAGAUAGUUUCGUGAUCGCAGAAGAAACAGAGAGUGAUUCCGUGAAUAAUAAUGAUACUGAUGAUGCUAGCAAACAUAAAAGGAAACCUUUGCGUGAGCAAAAUAAAUCUUAUGAUGAUGCUUCAGAAAAAUAUGAUAAAACCUACACUCCUUCAAUGAAGCUAGAUAAAAUUAAAAAUAUAGAUACCACAAGUUCAAGUAAGUCGAAAUAUAAAUCUAAAAGAUCUUCAAAUUCCACUAUCAUAAAAAAAAGGGAAUAUAUCAGACGUGCUGGGAAUAUUUCUGAAUCGGAGUUGAGGAUUAGGCGGAGAUUGGAUUUUGGUAUUAAAAAAGUUCCUAAAGAUCCGAAAGAAGGUUUUACUAUUGAAAUAUGUGGUGAAAUCUUGAAAUCAAAACGUCAGUUAAGGGACUUUUCUGAUUAUGGGAAGUUAAUCAAAAGAUCCGACUUAGAUCUUUCUACCGUGUUAGAAAAAGAGUCUCAUAUAGAAAAUAUGUUUGUACCAUUAAGAGAAAGUAUUCAUGCCUUAAAAGAGCUAAAGAAUAAUAGUGAAGAUAACGUAGUGACUUUCACGAUCUAUUUUAAAACUAAAGAUGAACCAGACCUUAUUGACAUUAGUGAUAAUUUGACUGACAUUGAAGCAGAAUUGUUGUCUGACCCUAAUGACACUGACAUUGAUUCUGUUAAGUCGGAUGAUGAACUAUCAACACCAACAGAUUUGUUGGAUGGUGAUAAAAAUGGUUUUUUGGAUGAAGUGAAAACAUCUAGAAAGGAAUUGAAUCACAAUGAUAAUGGCGUUUCAUCAAAACAGAACUCUAAUAGAAAAAAGUUGCCUUUAAGUUCUGGUAUCGAUACAAUAAAGUUCUUUCAAAAUAAAAUUAAGGAACGGAAUGAGAAAAUGAAACAAAUGAGGAGGCUUAAAGUUUUAAGAAAUGCAAUUAACUGGAAUAAAAAUGGUACAAAAUCAGAAUCAAUCAAUUCAAAAAAUUGUGUUCAAGUUGAGUAUUCAUAUAGUGACAAUGUGGAGAUGGAAGAAGUAGUAGUUGACCACAAUAUUGAUGCAUUGCCUAGUCUUGUGUCGUAA